AUGACUCUCAAUUGCUUGACCUGCCAAGUUCUAAAAAGGACAGAUUCACAUGAUGAAUUAAGGGAAAAAAUCAAUGAUGUUCAGAGAAAGUCAAAUUUUCGCCUUUUUUCGGGAGAAAUUGAGAGGAACUGGUCGGGAAACUUGGUAUCAAAGUCUAGGUUUGAAAAAAGGAGGGCUCAUUCUCUUUUGGCACAAGAAAAUAAGGUGAAAAAAGACUCUCGUAGGAUUUAUAACAGUGGCCCAAUGGAGUUUCUAACUGAUACACCAAAAUUGGCAAGGAGCCCUGGGAUGAGAAGGGAUUGGAGUUUCGAGGAUCUGAGGCAAACAAUUAAGCAUUGA